AUGGCUGAUAUUAUUCGACGAGCUGCCGUUUUGGCUAUUAAUCGUGCAUCACAUGGAAAUAUUCAUAUGCAAAUUCGUACAUUAUUUUCAAGCUCAGGUAUUGGUAUUGAUAAUUUUAAAUUAUCUCGUGAACAACAUGCAACACGUUUUGCACCAUCACUUGAUGUAUUUAAAAAACGUUUUCUUGACUCGAUUGGUCAAAAAGAUUCACAAAUUUUCACUGAAGAUUUACGUAAUAUGAUAAUGUCCGCUAAUUCUGAUCAAGAAAUUGAUUCCGUUAUUCAAGCAUUAAAAAAAUAUAGUGCAAAUACAACAAAAUUAACUGAUUAUCAUUUUGGUUCACCAGUUAUGCGUUUACUUUAUACACAAAAUAAAACUGAUUUAGCAUUACAAUUAUAUAUGGAUGAAAACUUGAAAACAAUAUUCAAUGAUUCAGCAUCAGCACUUGUACUUAUGAAUAAAUUAAUUGAGGACAAACGUUAUGAUGAUGCAGUUAAAGUAUUUGAAUUUGGUAGUAAACGAGGAUUUUCGACAACAAGUGGACGAACUUUUCCAACCGAUGUUGUUAUGUUAGCUAUUGAAGGAUUAUAUCGACAAAAUACUAAAGAAUCAUUAGUUAAAGCCAAAGAACUUAUUACAAAAGUUAGAGAACGUGAUGCUGAUAUAAAUCCACGUACAGCUGCUAUGACAGCAUUAUUAGCUAUUCAACAAGGUGAACCACAAUUUGCUAUGGAAGUUUUAGGUUCUGUUCGAGCACAAAAUUUUGCAACAGUACAAAAUAUUCGAGCAAUUUGUUAUUCUGAUAUGGGACGUGUUGAAGAAGCAAUAAAUGUUGUUCAUUUACUUGCAGAAAAAACACCCGUUAAUAGUGAUCGUCGACGAGUUUUUCCACUUGUUAUGCGACAUAUUCGAACAGCCGUCGAAAAAACUAAAGAUGAAAGUCUUUUAACACGUUUUGAAGAAUUAUCAAAAUUUGUUUUAAAAAAUAAUCGUCUAUCAACAACAGAUUUGCCAGAAUAUCUUAGUGAACCAAUCAAUCGUCGUGGUCCAACAAAUAGACAAAAUACACAACAAAAUGUUCGUGGUAGCUUUCAACGAACAGUUGGAAAUCUUCGUAAUCGCGGAGACUUUAAUCAAGGAUCAGAUAAUUCAAGACAAGGAAAUAGAGGUGGAUUUUAUCAACAAUCUAAUGGAUAUAAUAGAAAUAAUCGAUUUGAAAAUAAUAAUUUCCAAAGACGAGAUUCUGGUUAUGAUCGACGUUCACAAAACUCUUAUGCAGAUGGUUAUCAACGAAAUUAUGACAAUGAUCAAUAUUCAUCACGUAAUCGAAAUUCAUCAUAUAAUGACUUUUCUCGUCAAGGAGAUCGUAACCAACAACAACAACAAAAUCAAUCAUUUUCACGUUUAAAUCGUAAUGAUAAUGACUUUUCUUCAACACGUCGUAAUGCAAGUCCAAAUUCAUCUAAUUCUCAACGUUCAAAACGAAAUACAGAAGAUGAUAUGAGUUCAACACAACCAAAACAAAAUCGUCGAGUAAAUGAUGAGAAUCAAACACAAGAACAAAAUCCAUGGGAACGAUCAACUCGUCAAACAUCAUAA